AUGGCGUCCGCGGUGACCUUGGAAGACGCCCUGUCCAACGUGGACCUGCUGGAAGAGCUGCCCCUGCCAGACCAGCAGCCAUGCAUCGAGCCGCUGCCAUCCUCUCUCAUGUACCAGCCCAACUUCAACACCAACUUCGAGGACCGCAACGCCUUCGUCACUGGCAUCGCGAGAUACAUCGAGCAGGCCACUGUCCACUCCAGCAUGAAUGAGAUGCUUGAGCAGGGCCAGGAAUAUGCCAUCAUGCUGUACACCUGGCGGAGCUGCUCGCGGGCCAUCCCCCAGGUGAAAUGCAACGAGCAGCCCAACAGAGUGGAGAUCUAUGAGAAGACUGUGGAGGUCCUGGAGCCCGAAGUCACAAAACUCAUGAACUUCAUGUACUUCCAGCGCACCGCCAUUGACCGCUUCUGUGGUGAGGUGCGGAGGCUGUGCCACGCCGAGCGCCGAAAAGACUUUGUGUCCGAGGCGUACCUGCUCACACUGGGCAAGUUCAUCAACAUGUUUGCCGUGCUGGACGAGCUGAAGAACAUGAAGUGUAGCGUGAAGAACGACCACUCGGCUUAUAAGAGGGCUGCUCAGUUCCUCAGGAAGAUGUCUGAACCCCAGUCCAUCCAGGAGUCCCAGAACCUGUCUAUGUUCCUGGCCAACCACAACAAAAUCACUCAGUCUUUGCAGCAGCAGCUGGAGGUCAUCAGUGGCUACGACGAACUCCUGGCAGACAUCGUAAACCUGUGUGUGGACUAUUAUGAGAACAAGAUGUAUCUCACGCCCAACGAGAAGCACAUGCUGCUCAAGGUGAUGGGCUUUGGGCUGUACCUGAUGGAUGGAGCCAACAGCAACAUCUACAAGCUGGAUGCCAAGAAGAGGAUCAACCUGGCAAAGAUUGAUAAGUUUUUCAAGCAACUCCAGGUCGUGCCGCUCUUCGGUGACAUGCAAAUCGAGCUGUCGAGGUAUAUAAAGACCAGCGCCCACUUCGAGGAGAACAAGUCCAGGUGGUCCUGCACCUCCACAGGCAGCAGCCCCCAGUACAACAUCUGCGAGCAGAUGAUCCAGAUCCGGGAGGACCACAUGCGCUUCAUUUCUGAGUUGGCACGCUACAGCAACAGCGAGGUGGUGACGGGGUCAGGCCGCCAGGAGGCCCAGAAGACAGACGCUGAGUACAGGAAGCUGUUUGACCUGGCCCUGCAGGGCCUCCAGCUCCUGUCACAGUGGAGUGCACACGUCAUGGAAGUGUACUCGUGGAAGCUGGUACACCCCACGGACAAGUACUCCAACAAGGAGUGCCCUGACAACGCAGAGGAAUACGAGAGGGCUACUAGAUACAACUAUACCAGCGAAGAGAAGUUUGCUCUGGUGGAGGUGAUGGCCAUGAUUAAGGGCCUGCAGGUGCUGAUGGGCCGUAUGGAGAGCGUGUUCAAUCACGCCAUCCGCCACACCAUCUACUCCGCCCUGCAGGACUUUGCCCAGCUCACCCUGCGUGAGCCGCUGCGGCAGGCCAUCAAGAAGAAGAAGAACGUUAUCCAGAGCGUUCUGCAGGCCAUCCGUAAGACGAUAUGUGACUGGGAGACCGGCCGGGAGCCUUACAACGACCCCGCCCUCCGUGGAGAGAAGGACCCUAAGGGUGGCUUCGAUAUCAAAGUGCCUCGCCGGGCCGUGGGGCCCUCCAGCACGCAGCUGUACAUGGUGAGAACCAUGCUGGAGUCUCUCAUUGCCGACAAGAGCGGUGCCAAGAAGACGCUCCGCAGCAGUCUGGAGGGACCCACCAUUCUGGAUAUAGAGAAGUUUCACCGCGAGUCCUUCUUCUACACCCAUUUACUCAAUUUCAGCGAGACGCUGCAGCAGUGCUGUGACCUGUCUCAGCUCUGGUUCCGGGAGUUCUUCCUGGAGCUGACCAUGGGCCGCAGGAUCCAGUUCCCCAUCGAGAUGUCCAUGCCCUGGAUCCUCACCGACCACAUCCUGGAGACCAAAGAGGCAUCCAUGAUGGAGUAUGUUCUCUACCCCUUGGAUCUGUAUAACGACAGCGCCCACUACGCCCUGACCAAGUUCAAGAAGCAGUUCCUGUAUGAUGAGAUCGAAGCUGAGGUGAACCUGUGUUUUGACCAGUUUGUCUAUAAACUCGCCGACCAAAUAUUUGGCUACUACAAGAUUCUUGCUGGAAGCCUGUUGCUGGACAAGCGUUUGCGAGCGGAGUGCAAGAACCAGGGGGCCAACAUCCCCUGGCCGUCCUCCAACCGUUACGAGACCCUGCUGAAGCAGAGACACGUGCAGCUCCUGGGUCGUUCAAUCGACCUCAACCGCCUGAUCACUCAGCGGGUUUCUGCUGCCAUGUACAAAUCCCUUGAGCUGGCCAUCGGCCGCUUUGAGAGUGAAGAUCUGACUUCCAUCAUGGAGCUAGAUGGUCUGCUGGAGAUCAACCGCCUGACACACAAGCUUCUCAGCAAAUACCUCACACUGGACAGUCUGGACGCCAUGUUCCGUGAGGCCAACCACAACGUCUCUGCACCUUAUGGCCGCAUCACCCUGCAUGUCUUCUGGGAGCUCAACUACGACUUCUUGCCCAACUACUGCUACAACGGCUCCACCAACAGGUUUGUCCGCACCAUCCUGCCCUUCUCACAGGAGUUCCAGAGAGACAAGCCACCCAACGCCCAGCCACAGUACCUGUAUGGGUCGAAGUCCCUGAACCUGGCAUACAGCAGCAUAUUUGGAUUCUACCGCAACUUUGUGGGCCCUCCCCACUUCAGGGCCAUUUGCAGGCUGCUGGGCUACCAGGGCAUCGCCGUAGUGAUGGAGGAGCUGCUGAAGGUGGUGAAGAGCCUGCUCCAGGGCACCAUAAUGCAGUACGUCAAAACCCUGAUGGAGGUGAUGCCGAAGAUCUGCCGACUCCCAAGACACGAGUACGGCUCCCCAGGCAUCCUGGAGUUCUUUCACCACCAGCUGAAGGACAUUGUGGAAUAUGCUGAGCUGAAGACUGUGUGCUUCCAGAACCUGCGUGAAGUGGGCAACGCCCUGCUCUUCUGUCUGCUGAGCGAGCAGAGUCUGUCUCAGGAAGAGGUGUGUGACCUCCUGCACGCUGCCCCCUUCCAGAACAUUCUGCCCAGGGUGCACGUGAAAGAGGGUGAGCGCCUGGAUGCCAAGAUGAAACGGCUGGAGACCAAGUACACGGCGCUGCACCUCGUGCCGCUCAUCGAGCGCCUGGGGACCCCGCAGCAAAUUGCCAUUGCGAGGGAGGGCGACCUGCUGACCAAGGAGCGUCUCUGCUGCGGACUGUCCAUGUUUGAAGUCAUCCUGAGCCGCGUGCGCAGCUUCCUGGACGACCCCAUCUGGCGGGGGCCGCUGCCUAGCAACGGCGUGAUGCACGUGGACGAGUGCGUGGAGUUCCACCGGCUGUGGAGCGCCAUGCAGUUUGUCUACUGCAUCCCCGUGGGAACCAAUGAGUUCACGGUCGAGCAGUGUUUUGGGGAUGGGCUGCACUGGGCCGGCUGCAUGAUGAUCACCCUGCUGGGGCAGCAGCGCCGCUUUGACAUCCUGGAUUUCAGCUACCACCUGCUGAAAGUGCAGAAGCACGAUGGCAAGGAUGAGAUGAUCAAGAGCGUGUCUCUGAAGAAGAUGGUGGACCGCAUCCGUAAAUUCCAGGUGCUGAACGAUGAGAUCUUCGCCAUCCUCAGCAAGUACCUGAAGGCAGGAGAUGGGGAGAACGUGCCGGUGGAGCACGUCCGUUGCUUCCAGCCCCCCAUCCACCAAUCACUAGCCAGCAACUGAGUUUACAGUGUUAACUUGUCCAGUGAGGCUUAGUGCCAUGAGAUUCUAUAGUGGGACCAAGGGGCCUGGCUGUGGCCUGCGUCGGUCACUAGUCAGUUCCACAUGUGCUUCUCUCUGGAGCAGAACCUUGACAGGGCAGACUGACAUGCCAGAUUCUGUAUACAAAUAGCUAAAACUUGAUUUGAUUAUAGUUUUCAGAAGUUUUUGUAAACUCUUGUGCCUUAUGGGUGUGACCUAGUACAGACUACAAUGCUUCACUUUUUAAAAUUACUAUACUACCAUACUUUAACUUUUUUUUUGAUAUGGAGAAAUAUAGUCAGAUGGUGAAUGAAUGUUUGUUUUUUUUGGUUUUUAUAAAAUGAUUAUUUAAGGGAUAUGCAGUGAGAUGGAAUUGCCAGGACACAGUAACAGGAAACCAGCAUGCACUCAUUGCGUCAUAAGUCAUUAAUCGGGUACGUAACCAUUGGCUGUACCGUCCUCCCGUGUUAACCAUUUAUUGCUUUUGACUUUUAUACUUUGACCUAUUGUAAUCUCAUUGAGUCAAAUAAAUUAACAUUUAAUCAA